CGAAAUCACACCGGUUCACGACAACAGGUCCGCUCUAUAACUUCUUUUUUCGGGACAAUAGACGUCGCUCACUCUAUUCACAAAUAAAGAGAAACCGAUCCCGACGUGCUGGAAGCAACAAAUGCGCGAGGAGGGGUUGUAACUUGCGGGUGGGAGGACAUGUAAAUAUGUUUCUUUACCUUCUUUUUUUACAAUGUGUGUUAAAACGCCCACUGUGAAACAUUUCUUUUGUCAGAAUACGUCUUUGAUGCAAGCAUUUCAGAACGCGACGAUAUUUUUCAUCGUUGCGUUUGUCGAAUGACAUCGUUGAUCGUUUAUAUAACGGAAAUAAGAUAUUUCUGAAUUAUUUAUGAUCCGUAUAACCUUAAUAGUAAAGAAACCACUCUUGCAUACUCAAGCACGUUUCCUUAGUCAAAAUCUUGUAAAUCAGUAUUAGGUCUAUAAAGUUCCGUGUUGCAUGUGGAUUCAACACGGAAAACUCGCGUUUACAGUUCUGAAGCAAAGAUUUAACUUUUAGGAAGGAGUUUUAAGUACAACAACCUUUGCAUAACAACUACUUUUUCCCAUGUGUAGCCUGAGGCACGGCGCAGGCGCUCUUGUUCCUUGCUGUCACUAAAACAUUUUUCUUCGCAUUGGAAACUGUCACAAGUGACGUCAAUCACUGAGCUCUGACCAAUUAGAACGCGGGGUGAUUGUUUAGCUCCACGGGCUGCAGCGCCUACCAUGAAUCUCUAUUCAGUAUAUCAAAGCUUCCUGCUGCUGCCUCUCAAGCGAAUGGGAUUCCAUGUAGGCACUGAGAUAGAAUCUCAACUUUAAAAACUUUUUUUCUUCUAUUUUUCAUUGCGAUUAAAAUAUAUUUGUCAUCAUCAUUAUUAUUUUGCCUGCUGUCAAGUCAUUCUAAAAUUAGGAGUAAUGAGCGUGGAUGCUUUGGGAAGCUCUGUGAUGGACCCUACGUUUUCCAAACGGAACACGGCGCUGAGAUUAGUUGACUUGGCAGGGGCUCACCACCAUCACCAUCAUCACCACCAUACCCCUCAGAGCGUGACAGGCUUCCCGGGGUUCAGCAGCCAUCCACACUCAAUGGCUCACGCGCACCCUGGGGAGAUUACUGCGGAACCCCGCCUGGGGCCGAGUCCAUUCGGGCCAGAACACAUGGGGCACUCCGCGGCCCUCAAAAUCAGCCCAGCCCAUCAUUAUCCCCACCACCAUCACCACCACAAUCAUCAUAUGGCAGGCCACAGUGAAGUGGUCUCCAGUCAAACGGGAGCUUUUGGCCCGGUGCAGGCAACGACGGUACCCUAUUCUAUGUCUCACACGGCCCAGGCGUUAUCCGCAGGUAGGGAUUUCCUCAUUCGAAGAGAUCUGACAGCUCAAGCCAUGCCAGUGCUGACCGACCAGGCUCCUGGUUCAACCUCUCACCACGGAAUGUUUGUCUCAACAACAGGUAGCUAUCCAGGACACUAUGGUCAUCACCCCGACGCAGGAAACCAUACCCUCUUCUCUGGACUCCACGAUCAGCCAUCUAACGGAGCACCAGGUGGCCAAGCCUUGAAUGGUCAAAUAAGGUUAGGAAUACCUGGAGAAAUGUACGUUAGGUCUGAUCACUUGAGUCAAGUGGCAAGCUCAAGGGCUGAUCCGUUCUCCGCCUCGCCUUUACAUGGCUACGGUGGUCUGAAUCUGAACAUGAAUCUCAGCGCUCAUCACCACGGAGCCGGUGCCUUUUUCCGUUACAUGAGGCAGCCGAUAAAGCAAGAACUCAUUUGCAAGUGGCUGGAACCGGAGCACUCGCCGAAGAAACUUUGCUCCAAAACUUACAGCACUAUGCACGAGCUGGUAACGCAUGUGACAGUGGAGCAUGUCGGAGGACCCGAACAGGCAAACCAUAUAUGCUUUUGGGAAGAGUGUCCAAGGGAAGGAAAACCAUUUAAAGCCAAGUACAAACUUGUAAAUCAUAUCCGCGUGCACACCGGAGAGAAACCGUUUCCUUGUCCAUUCCCUGGAUGUGGAAAAGUAUUCGCAAGAUCUGAAAACCUUAAGAUUCACAAAAGAACACAUACAGGUGAAAAGCCCUUUAAAUGUGAGUUUGACGGAUGUGACAGACGUUUCGCCAAUAGCAGUGACCGGAAAAAGCACUCCCACGUGCACACCAGCGAUAAGCCUUACAACUGCAAAGUAAGAGGUUGUGACAAAUCUUACACACACCCGAGCUCACUAAGAAAACACAUGAAGGUGCACUGUAAGUCUCCACCACCAAGUUCAGGCUACGAAUCUUCAACUCCAUCAUUAGUGUCCCCCUCAUCGGACAUAGGCCGCGAGCCAGGGGCUUCAUCGCUCUCAGAACCCGUCGCGUCGUCACAGCCCGCCAAUCUUAGUGAGUGGUACGUUUGUCACAGUUCUGGAGCCAGUGGCACUCAUACACCACCCAGCGGUUCCUCCACACCUGACCCCUCAGAUGAACCACUUUACAGGAACCCUCAGUCAAGGGACGCCUUCUAACAGAUUCCGUUUUGAAAAUGCAGCAAACAUAAAUAUAUUUUCUAUUGGACUUCAAUCCAGAAGGUAUAUUUUCAAAUGUUUUGAUUCAAUACACUGGCGUAUGGCAUAUUCCUAUGAAAACGGUAUUUUCUCCGCAUAAAGAAAAUAUGAAAUUCUGUUUGUACAUUUCUGAUAUAUGGUACUGAUUUAAUGUAGCCUACGCAUGUUGCAUUAUUUUGUAAAUUCAGUUUAGACUUCAAUAUCUUUUUAAUUUAUUUUUUAAUCUGAGAUUAACCUUUUUGUAUUAUCGAACCAAAGUGUUUCAAUAUGAAAUGUACAUUUGUAAAUUGCUCAUUUUUGAUGUGUUAAUGUUAACAGUAGCCACAUUUUUUGUAAGCUUCUGUCUUUAAGCAAUUUUGUUUGCUAAAAUUGUUUGUAUACAUGUUUUAUGUUUCAUACAGAAAUAUUUUCAUUUGUAAUGAAAGUCAACUAUUGAAAUGUUUUCAUAUGGUCUAUUUGAUAUUACCUACAAAGUCAUAAAUGUUUAUUCAACGUGGGCAUUUGGUGGGUAUUUUGUAUUGUCACAAUUUGUCAGCAAUGCCUUUUUAUUAUGUGUUCUCAUCCGGUGUACACUUGAAAUGUGUACCAUAUUGCCCUGUAAUUUUGUCAGUAUUUGGAAUAAAUGGUGUACGAUAAAACGUU